AUGCUUUUCUUCCUGGCUCUAAUCACCAUAGCAGUGGCGAAGCCCGUUGUGGACCAUGCCUCUACCUGUCCGUUUCCCAACGGCACGGACAAAGCUCUGCAUUCGUACAUCUGUGCAGCAGGCGAACAGUUCACCGUGAGCUCCAUUGUAACCACGGACAAUGCCGGAAACAAUGUCUACCCCAUUGAUCCACGCCAACCAUUUGUCCUUCGAUUGAACGCCUACAAUCACGGACCACAGAUUGAUGACAAUAAGGUUAAUGUGAGAAUCUUCGAGUACGAGGCAGGCCUAACAUCGGCCGACUGUACAUGGAAAUAA